AUGAGGCAAGUAUCCGGAGUGGUGUUCCUCUUGGGGCUGAUGGCUCUCCCAGCGGCGCUGGGACAGAGAAGCUCUGGAAGCUCUAAGAAUAGCAGCCAGCCUCAAAGCUUUGCCAUCGUCUCUUUCAAAUGGGAUCACGUCAAGGAUCCUUAUGUCAUUACACUCUGGAUACUUGUGGCCAGCUUGGCCAAAAUCGUUUUCCACUUGUCCCACAAAGUCACUCGAGUGGUUCCAGAGAGUGCUCUCCUGAUUGUUCUAGGUCUCGUCCUUGGUGGCAUUGUAUGGGCAGCAGAUCACAUUGCCUCCUUUGCCCUUACACCAACUGUAUUCUUUUUCUAUCUGCUGCCCCCCAUUGUUUUGGAUGCUGGAUAUUUUAUGCCAAAUAGAUUGUUCUUUGGAAAUCUUGGUUCCAUCCUUUUGUAUGCCGUCAUUGGGACAAUCUGGAAUGCCGCCACAACUGGUUUGUCUCUCUACGGUGUCUAUCAGACAGGAAUAAUGGGCCACCUGGAUACUGGACUUCUGGACUUCCUCCUAUUUGGCAGCUUAAUUGCUGCUGUGGAUCCUGUAGCUGUUCUGGCAGUGUUUGAAGAAGUCCAUGUCAACGAAGUUCUAUUCAUCAUUGUUUUUGGAGAAUCACUUCUGAAUGAUGCGGUAACUGUGGUGCUGUACAAUGUGUUUGAAACUUUUGUUACAAUAGGUCCAGAGAAUGUGACUGGGAUUGAAUGUGUCAAAGGAGUCGUGUCAUUCUUUGUGGUGAGCCUGGGUGGGACACUGGUUGGUAUAUUCUUUGCAUUCCUGCUUUCGUUGGUCAGUCGUUUCACCAAGCACGUGAGAAUCAUUGAACCUGGAUUUGUGUUUAUAAUUUCCUACAUGUCCUACCUCACAGCAGAAAUGCUUUCUCUUUCCGCUAUCCUCGCGAUAACAUUCUGUGGCAUCUGCUGUCAGAAGUAUGUAAAGGCUAACAUCUCUGAACAAUCUUCUACAACUGUCAGAUAUACCAUGAAAAUGUUGGCCAGUGGAGCAGAAACUAUUAUCUUCAUGUUUCUGGGAAUUUCAGCUGUAAAUCCAGACAUCUGGACUUGGAAUACAGCUUUUAUUCUGUUGACUCUGCUCUUCAUCUCAGUAUACAGAGUUAUUGGUGUAGUUUUACAGACAUGGAUUCUUAACCACUACAGAAUGGUCCAGUUAGAGAUAAUAGACCAGGUGGUGAUGUCGUAUGGCGGACUACGUGGCGCAGUUGCUUUUGCUCUGGUUGUACUUCUGGAUAUGGAAAAAGUGAAAGAGAAAAACCUGUUUGUCAGCACAACUAUCAUUGUUGUGUUUUUUACGGUUAUUUUCCAGGGACUGACUAUCAAACCUUUGGUACAGUGGUUGAAAGUGAAGAAAACUGAACACAGAGAGCCAAAACUGAAUGAGAAACUUCAUGGCAGAGCCUUUGAUCAUAUUCUUUCUGCAAUAGAAGAUAUUUCUGGACAAAUAGGACAUAACUAUCUGAGAGACAAGUGGUCCAAUUUUGAUAGGAGAUUCCUCAGUAAAGUACUGAUGAGAAGGUCUGCUCAAAAAUCAAGAGACCAGAUCCUUAACAUUUUCCAUGAACUCAACUUGAAGGAUGCAAUCAGCUAUGUGGCUGAGGGAGAACGUAGAGGUUCCUUGGCAUUUAUACGUUCCCCAAGUACAGACAACAUGGUCAAUGUGGAUUUCAGCACCCCACGCCCAAGUACUGUGGAAAGCUCUGUCUCUUAUUUACUGAGAGAAAAAGCUGGACCAGUUUGCCUUGACAUGCAAGCUUUAGAGCAGAGGAGGAAAAGUAUUCGGGACACAGAAGAUACAAUAGCUCAUCACACCCUACAACAGUACCUGUAUAAACCCAGGCAGGAGCACAAACACCUGUACAGUCGACAUGAGAUCAUGCAUAGUGAAGAUGACAAACAAGACAAAGAAAUUUUCCAUAGGACAAUGAGGAAGCGCUUAGAAUCUUUCAAGAGUACCAAACUAGGAAUAAACCAUCCCAAGAAGCUCAAUAAAAUCCACAAGCGAGACCGGGGCCAAAAAAGGCGAAAUAGUAGUGCAAUACCAAAUGGGAAAAUACCUUCAGAAAAUCCAGUACAAGAUUUUCCUUUGAAGGAAAAAGAUUUGGAGUUUUCUGAAUCAGAAGAAAAUAAUGAUUAUGAAACUUUACAUCUUGGCAAAGGAGUUGAUUUCCUGGCUAAUGUUACGAAGCAAAACUUCACAGAUACUCCUACUGGAAUUGAUAACCCAGUAUUUUCAGCUGAUGAUGAUGACCAAAGCAUCUACAUGAAGUUCUCACCAUGGUUAUCUAGUGAAGAUACUGUGGUACCAUCACAAAGGGCCCGAGUGCAGAUCCCAUAUUCUCCAACCAACUUCAGACGACUCACUCCAUUCCGGCUCAGCAAUAAAUCAGUAGAUUCCUUCCUGCUAGCAGAUGGCCCAGAGGACCGACCCAGAUCUUUUCUCCCGGAAUCAACACAUAUGUAA